CGAGGAAAGCUGGCCACAUAACCCACGUUACAGAAAAUAUCUGCGUUACCUUGAGGGUUCUCACAGUUGAGACUAUGUACAGCGCUCCAGUGGAUCUAUCCUUCAGAAAUAUCAACAAGUUGAUAGACGCAUGGACAGAGGAGCCUAGCAAAGGUCUGAGGCCUUUAAAGAGAAAUGCAGAGAGGAAAUACAUCAGUUGUUCUCUGCGCCUCAGCAACAACAACAUUAGUGACCUGAAUGAUCUCCAGGCAACUGUUAUCCACUUCUUGGCUGAGCCUUCACAUCUUGCCUGGCUGGACCUUUCCUUCAACAAAAUCACCCAUAUUGACCAGAUUUUGUGUGAGUUGCGUGGCCUACGUGUGUUGUAUCUCCAUGGAAACAAGAUAUUUGCUCUGUCAGAGGUUAAUAGGCUUGGACGGCUGCCACACCUUCACUCCAUCACCCUGCAUGGAAAUCCCAUAGAAAGCAACAAAAAAUAUAGGAAUCGGGUGAUUUCUGCUCUGCCUUCGUUAAAAUCCAUGGAUUUCAGUGCUGUAACACAGCAGGAGCGUGUCAUGGCAAAGAUCUGGCAUCAAGGCAACACCUGCAGCAGAAACAGCAAGGCGAGCCUGCAGUGACUGCAAGCUCUGCUGUCUUAGUUUGCUGAAAUCACACAACCCUCGAUCAGAAAAUGCUGGGAUCGUAAAUGCAAGUAUAAAAACAACAAAACAAUUCUUACAUUUUAUUUGACAGUUAUUAUUAUGAAUUUAAGAUGUUUCAUGUUUGUUAUUGUCCAUUACAUUGUAUUUGUAAAUAUACAUCAUUAUUAUUAUCAUUGUACUUUUCAGGUAUGCAAUGCAACAUAUUUCAGAAAAGUUUGGGAUGGUGAAAGCUUUUUGCACUAUGUAAUGUUGCCCUGAUACCAAAUCAUCAUUAUGUGAAAUAACAGUUAG